AUGGGGAAGGCGGAGAAGUACGAAAUGUACUCAGUGGAGAUGGAGAAAUACGAUGGGGAAAUGGAUGUAAAGAUUAAGAAGAAGAAAAACAAAGGGUUGAAGAAAAAAGAGAAGUUGGAGAAUAUGAAGAAAGAGAUGGAUGUGGAUGAUCAUCAGCUGACUAUAGAAGAGUUGGAGAUGAAAUAUAGGACCAACAUCAACAAGGGUCUGACCAGCACAGUGGCCGGAGAGAUUCUCCUUCGUGAUGGCCCCAAUGAAUUGAAGCCCCCCAAAGGCACUCCGGAGUAUGUGAAGUUUGCGCGUCAGCUGGCUGGGGGGCUGCAGUGCCUGAUGUGGGUGGCAGCUGCCAUCUGUCUCAUUGCCUUUGGCAUCCAGUGCAGCCAAGGGGAUCUGACCAGCGCAGACGAUUUAUACUUGGCCGUUGCUCUUAUCGCUGUCGUGGUUGUAACUGGCUGCUUUGGUUACUAUCAAGAGUUUAAAAGCACAAACAUCAUUGCAAGCUUCAAGAAUCUCGUGCCGCAGCAAGCCACAGUGAUUCGGGAUGGUGACAAGUUCCAGAUCAAUGCUAAUCAACUGGUAGUGGGUGACUUGGUGGAGAUCAAAGGGGGAGACCGAGUCCCAGCGGACAUCAGAAUCAUCACUGGUCAAGGAUGCAAGGUGGAUAAUUCCUCUUUGACAGGGGAAUCCGAACCUCAAAACCGUACCCCAGAAUGCACCCAUGAGAGCCCCUUAGAAACAAGAAACAUUGCCUUCUUCUCAACCAUGUGCUUAGAAGGAACUGCCACUGGCAUUAUCAUUAACACCGGGGACCGCACCAUCAUUGGGCGCAUCGCCAGCCUGGCUUCAGGAGUGGAGAAUGAGAAGACACCCAUUGCUAUUGAGAUCGAGCAUUUUGUGGACAUCAUAGCUGGCUUGGCCAUUUUCUUUGGUGCCACCUUCUUCGUUGUUGCCAUGGUGAUCGGCUACCCCUUCCUCAGGGCCAUGGUCUUUUUCAUGGCAAUUGUGGUGGCUUAUGUCCCUGAGGGUCUUCUAGCAACAGUCACGGUCUGUCUGUCUCUCACAGCCAAGCGACUGGCCAGGAAGAACUGCGUGGUCAAGAAUCUGGAAGCUGUUGAAACGCUGGGCUCCACAUCCGUCAUCUGCUCGGAUAAAACCGGGACGCUCACCCAGAAUCGAAUGACAGUCUCACAUCUUUGGUUCGACAACCAAAUCCACACUGCGGACACUACAGAAGACCAGUCAGGGCAAAGUUUUGAUCAGUCCUCGGAAACCUGGAGAGCUCUAUGUAAAGUGGUGAGCCUUUGCAACCGGGCUUCUUUCAAAUCAGGACAGGACAGCGUACCUGUGCCACGGCGUAUUGUGAUUGGAGAUGCCUCAGAGACAGCCCUACUGAAAUUCUCUGAAAUCACUCUCGGCAAUGUCAUGGAGUACCGGGAGCGCUACAAAAAAGUCUGCGAGAUUCCCUUCAACUCCACCAACAAAUUCCAGAAUGAGUUCCCCCGUGGCUACCACUUUGACAGUGAGGAAACAAACUUCCCCACUAGUGGGCUAUGCUUUGCAGGCCUUAUCUCUAUGAUUGAUCCACCUAGAGCCACUGUGCCCGAUGCCGUCAUGAAAUGCCGUACUGCAGGCAUCCGGGUGAUCAUGGUAACCGGAGACCAUCCAAUCACUGCCAAAGCCAUCGCUGCCAGUGUUGGCAUCAUCUCAGAGGGCAGCGAAACUGUUGAAGAUAUAGCCACCCGUCUCCGCAUCCCCGUGGAGCAGGUGAACAAGCGGGAUGCCCGGGCAUGUGUAAUCAAUGGAGGUCAAUUGAAAGAUAUGGAAAGUGAAGAGUUGGUUGAAAUCCUCAAGAUGCAUCCAGAGAUGGUCUUUGCACGUACCUCUCCGCAGCAGAAGCUCAUCAUUGUAGAAAGCUGUCAGAAACUGGGUGCAAUUGUGGCUGUUACAGGAGAUGGGGUGAAUGACUCCCCGGCGCUGAAGAAAGCCGAUAUCGGAGUUGCGAUGGGCAUUGCUGGAUCCGAUGCAGCCAAGAAUGCUGCUGACAUGAUCUUGUUGGAUGACAAUUUUGCCUCCAUUGUCACUGGCGUUGAGCAAGGGCGCCUGAUCUUUGACAAUCUCAAGAAAUCCAUUGCUUAUACCUUGACCAAGAACAUCCCCGAGCUGACCCCCUACUUGAUCUACAUCACCGUCAGUGUCCCUCUUCCUCUUGGCUGCAUCACCAUCCUCUUCAUCGAGUUGUGUACAGACAUUUUCCCCUCGGUUUCGCUGGCCUAUGAAAAGGCUGAGAGUGAUAUCAUGCAUCUGAAACCCCGAAAUCCUCGACGGGACCGCCUUGUCAAUGAAGCACUAGCUGUCUAUUCCUAUUUCCAGAUUGGAGUCAUCCAGUCCUGUGCUGGCUUUGUUGAUUACUUCACCGCCAUGGCACAAGAGGGCUGGUUCCCACUGAAGUGCAUAGGGCUCCGAGCCGCCUGGGAGAACGAUCAUAUCCAGGAUGUUCAAGACAGCUAUGGCCAAGAGUGGACAUUUGGACAACGUCUUUACCAACAGUACACCUGCUAUACCGUCUUCUUCAUCAGCAUUGAGAUGUGCCAGAUUGCAGAUGUGCUUAUCCGCAAGACACGACGACUUUCUGUCUUCCAGCAAGGAUUCUUCAGAAAUAAGAUCUUGGUGAUUGCUAUUGUGUUCCAGAUCUGUAUAGGCUGCUUCCUCUGUUAUUGCCCUGGGAUGCCCAAUAUCUUCAAUUUUAUGCCCAUACGAUUCCAGUGGUGGUUAGUGCCUCUACCGUUUGGCUUUCUCAUCUUUGUGUAUGACGAAAUCCGAAAACUGGGAGUCCGGAGACACCCUGGAAGUUGGUGGGACAAAGAACUUUACUAUUAAAGAUGAAACUCUGAGCACAAAUACGUCCCCACUGGCAUGGUUUGUGCUGCCUGGGAUGCUCCCUGUGGGUGCAAAAUGCUGCAGUAAGAAGGAACCUAGGAUUUGCUUUCUUCAUUAGCUACACCUUCAACUGAGCUUGCUGAAUUUCUUGCCCUUCCUAUGAUGAAAUUCCAUAUUCCACAUGUCCUGCUCUAGCUAGUCUGGGACAAGAAUCUGCCCAUCAUCAAGAAAAAAAAUAUUUGGAGGUGCUGAUAUGCUAGGGGAAAUGGACAGUCUUUGAGAUGGAAACCAAAUAUAAACGUUGGUAGAGAUAUAAAGUGUGUGGGUUUUUUUCCAAAAUAUAAUAGGUUUCAAAACCCCAAGCCUGCAAAUAAGGCAAUAUGAUCUCAAGGAAGAGUAAGUUGAGCAGGUUGAGUAAGUGGUUUGCCCUCUCCAUAGAAAAAGCAGGAUUUUUUUAAAAAAACAUAUAUAAGAUAUGCAAUGGCACAUUAGCUUCACUUUCAAUUUCUGCAUGAUUUGGACUUUUGGUCUCCUUGGAUUAGUAGUUCCCAAAACAUAAAUCUUAC